GUCAACGGUCAGCACCCAGAACUGCCUGAAUACGCUGCUUAAUCGCUCCAAUGGCAACGCGGUUCCCUUUUUUUGGUACCUCACUUUUUAAAGCUGAUUAUAUCACUGAAGAUUAUUGUAUGUUGGUGAGAUAAUUCACACCUUGGCCUCGAACCAAAUGAAAAUGACAUUUGGGGGAAUAAAGGAAGUCUACUGAGCAGCGAGCGGUGACCAAGAUGGCGUCCUUUGCUGCUCGGCUCCCAUCUUUACACACGAUCGCCGUGGUGGUCCUCGGGGGAGGCCUGACAAGGACUUAAAGGUCAAAGGUCGCUACAUGUAGGAGUCGUCAUGCCGGCUGUGACUCCGCCCCCUGCGUUCCCAUUGGCUGACAGCGAUGUUGCUGGAGGGGCACAAACAAGUCCUCCUGCCACCAACCCUGUUCUUUGCCAUCAUCCUUGUCCAAGCUGUGCUUGCGCCUCCCUUUUGCCCCGCCUCCUCGCCGCUCACAGGAUGGAGAUGCGGCGCCUCCUGCGGGGCGCUGUGACGUCUUUGGGUCGACGGUUGGACGCCCUGGAAAGGAGGAGCGGGAGGAGGACACAGAAGAGAAGCGGGCGGCCGACAGAAGACGACCGAGGAGGAGGAGCAACGAAUUAUCCUCAUGUUGCAGCUUCCUCCUCCUUCCCUGGCCUUUUGGUGUCCUCCUGUAGCCCCGCCCUCCUUUCGGCUUCCUCGCACAACCCGCUCCUUUCCUGGACAAGCAGCCAAUCAGAGCAGAGGGGAGGAGGGGAAAAGAGGAAGGGCAGAAAGAGGAGGAGGAGCCACCGUCGAGAAAGAGGAGUGGUGGGUGUGGCUUCAGAAAAGAGCGAAGAGGACGCUGGAAGGUUUGUGGGCCGCAUGGUGCUCUGCCGGUCAGGAGGCGGAGCUAAUGCGGAAGCACCGCUGAUGCUCAUGGACUUUGACCGGCGAGGACAAAAAGAAAGACGGGAAGGAGGCGGCGUCCAAUCAGUGGAGGCCAUGGAUAUUGUUGCCAGGCGGAAUGGCUGCAGCAGCACGUCUUUUCACUUCCUGCGUUCGUCAGGCUCCUCCAGCCAAUGGCGCUUCUCAGACUUCACCCCUCCUCCUGCACUUUGCUCCAAUCACAGACCUCUGCCAGUCCCCGCCUCUUUUAGCCCUGCCCCCCUGCUGCGUCUCUUCGCCGUCGCUGCGGUGGUGACCUCCGUGAGGGGCGGGACUUGCUGGAAUCCGUGGCGGUGCCUGAGGGACUGGACGGCCCCGCCCAGUCUCAGCAUCGAUCAUUGCUACAUGCGGCCGUCAGCAGAUCUCAGACACACCAAGCGACGAGACUGUCUCCUGGCCGUCCGACCCGCCCCAUCCUCACCCCACGUAGCGCCGGCUCCCCUCCCGGCCGGCCAAUCAGCAGGCGGCUCCAAGGAGAAAGGAAGACGAGUGUCGCAGAUUCCCAUCCGCCGCGCCUCGCCGCGUGAGACGCCGCUCACGCCUAUGGGCUUGCCAAAGGUCAAAAGAGUGAAGAAGAACGACUUCAGUGUGGAGGAGAUUUACACCAACAAGAACUACAAAUCUCCCAGCAUCAACAGGAGCUUGGAAACCAUCUUUGAGGAGCCUCGGGAGAAAGAUGGAGCGCUGCUUCUCAUUGGCCAGCGGAGGCGGCGCAGGCUCCUCCUCUUUCCUGACUUCACUCAGCCCAGGAAGAGGAAGCGACCCCAAGGGUUUCCAGUCAUGGCAACGCCAAGGAAACGUGCCACGGCCCGGCGUCACUACCACGUGCCGGGAGGUGCCGACGAGGCCUCGGACCUGGAUGUGAUGCUGGUAGAGCGACUCAGCGCGCUGGAAGACUUCCUGACCCGUCAGGGAUCGGAUGUGUGACAUCACUUCCUGUCUGUGACCACGCUAGCAUUGAUGCCAUUUGAUGCUUCCAUGGCGUUUUUAAGUGGUGUUAUUUUGGAAGCACCGGGACAUCCCAUGAUAUUUCAAGUAGCAUGACGGGAAAUACUUUCUUCUGCUAUUAUUGAAAGUGACAUUGGUUGGGAAAAGGUAGCUGUCAAUCAUUACAAAGACGUGGAAAAAC